AUGUUUAGAUUCUGGGGAUCACCAGAUCAACCAUCGCAGCAGGGUUCAUCACAGUCGUGGUAUCCACCAUCUGUGACGAGCUCGUCGAGUUCUUCGAGACCUGCUACACCCGCUUCCUCUUCGGGUUCGCCGAGGCCUUCUUCGCAUGUUCCGCCAGCUGAAGCCGCCGGAACAAUUGCUUCUUUGAAGGACAAGAGUGUUGAUGAGUUGAGAAAGCUUUUAUCUGAUAAAGAUGCGUAUCAACAGUUUCUACAAUCACUUGAGCAGGUCAAGAUUCAAUCCAAUCUUAAAGAUGAACUUAGCAAGGAGAAUUUGCAACUUGCAGAGGAAAAUCUACAAAAGGAACCUCGUAUCAUGGAACUUAGGAAUCAGUGUAGAAUAAUUCGCACAACUGAGUUAGCUACUGCCACUGAGAAACUAAAUGAGCUUGAGAAGCAGAAAGAAGAAAUGUUAAAGUUGAAUUCUCCUGCAUCCCUUAUCCAAAGGAUUCAAGAGUCUGUGAACCAGACAGACGAGGAAUCUGAAAACCUGCACCAGCAACUCCUUGACAAAGAGAUUGACCUUGCAGCUUUCUUGCUGAAAUACAAGAAGCUACGCACCACUUUUCACAAGAGAACUCUUAUACAUCUUGCUGCUAAAACAUCAAAUAUAUGA